AUGGUCGAGAACCUCAUCACUGAGGAGGCGUUUUUUAGUGAUUGUAACCGUUUGGCCUUUGUUUGGCCUUGGGAUGUAACAAAAUUCGCCGCUUCCGUAGCCGGAACGCUGGCCGCAGCCGCUUAUCUCGAUGCCAAAUACCUACUCCGACAUGACCUCUCUGGAGGGUCAAUUGCCGCCCAAGCAAAAGAUGCUGUGCAAUUUCUCACAGAGUGCUGGAAACAGGACAAAACUCUCAUGUACCAUGUCCUUGAGGCUCAUGCGCGAGGGAAGAAUCAGGACAACAUAUUCGUUAUCUUCGAAGGCCGCUCCUGGAGCUACAAGCAGUUUUUCGAGGACGUACACGGGGUGGGAGACUGGUUAGUGAAGGAUUUAGGAGUUGAGCGGGGCGAGCUUGUUGCUCUGGACGGUGGGAAUUCGCCUGAAUAUCUCCUUCUGUGGUUUGGGCUGGAGUCUAUAGCUGCUUGUCUGUCAUUUAUCAAUUGUAACCUUACAGCCGCACCGCUGGUGCACUGUGUGAAGUUGUGCGGUGCAAGGUAUUUGCUGGCUGAUCGAGGAACUGAACAUUUGGUCCAGGUUUGCGAGGAAGAGUUGAAAGAGGCGAAUACUCAGACGAUAUAUUAUGAUUCGGAAUUGAUGAGGCAGUGUGUAAAUACCUUGACCUUAAACCUGGCAAGUAGAUGUAUACGUGUUUACCACUUUACCACGGCGCAGCUCACGGACUUUGCAUCAAUCCAUCAAUAUUCGCCGGUUCAACUGUGGUUCUCAGCCGGAAGUUUAGCCACAAGACCUUCUGGCCAGAGGUUUGUGAAUCGCAGGCGGAGAUUAUUUACCACUGAUGGGGUAUCAUCAAGUUUCAACGCCAAUAAAGGAGACUUUGGACUUGGGGCCAUCGGCGUACGUGGCCUUUAUUGGAAAUGGGUGAAUGGCAGCAACGAAAAGCGGGUGAAAAUCGAUGUCGUAACUGAGGAAAUCCAAAGGGAUACAUUCCGAUGGAAGAGCGAAAAUGUGAGCACGAACGAAGUCAGCGAUGUGCUUGGGAAAUUUGACAACAUCGACGAAACAAACGUAUAUGGCGUGUUGCCUCGAUAUGCAGUCCCCAUUUUCGUGCGUGUUGUACCGGGUUUUGAGACAACCGGGACGAUGAAGUUGCGGAAGGGAAAGCUGAGGGCUCAGGGAAUUGACCUGGAUAAGAUCAAGGAAAACGGCACGAGUGACGGUUUGUUUUGGCUUCAGCCUGAUGGGAGCAGGUAUACUCCUUUCGAGAUAGAUCAGUGGGAGGCGCUAAAGGCUGGGAGGAUCAGGUUGUAA